AUGGCUGCUGUUGAGGAAAAAAUAAACGAGCUCAAAGUCGAAGAUAAUCAACAAGAGCAAGAGGAUGAUAUUGUGACACCAUGGAGUGUUUCGACGAGUAGUGCGACUGGAAUUGAUUAUGAUAAAUUGAUUGGUGAGGAUUUUCGGGUGCUUUUUUUGGAAUUUAGAAAAAGAGCCAAUGAAAAGUAUUCAGAAACUUUGGAAAUCCUCAAGCCGGUUCCACAGUAUGUAAUUUACCACGUCAAAUAUCUAGAGCUCAAUUUUUGUUUUUGUGCUUGA